GCUUCUCCGCCGUGAUAGAAGCCAUGCUGGCAGAAAGACUCGUUGCCCGAGGAGAAGAUUCCACAAGUACUAGAUUGUAUUGCUCACAUUUCUGGGAAGACGCUGACCCUUGGAAAAAUACAAGAGAAGGCUAUUUCUGUAAGAGAAACGUCGAAGAAUUGCUACAUUUUGACGUCGGAAAUGCCACAAAUCGAUUUUUUUAACCCCAGCAUAAAAAAAAGAAAGAAAUCCGUCGCGUCACGUGGCGAUAUAGCACCCAAUCGGUGCCCUGCUGACGUUUCGGGAAAAAAUGUCCUUUGUUCUGCGUCCGCCCAGGUUAUCGAUAAAAACACAGCUCGACGCUUACAAUAGUAAUACGUGGAUAUAAGAAAGCGAUUUUGUAAUUUAUAUUCUACGGUCGUUCUGGAUUUGACAAAGAUUAGCAACUUUUUGAGAGGACGUUUGGAAUUUUGGCGCCGGGUUUCUGUGCGGUGGCACCGAACUAAAACCGGUCAUGUGACUUCACCCCCUCCCCCACUCCGUCCCAUGAAUGGAGGAAGAAAGAAGACGGACAUGUUUGAGGGAAAUGAGUUGUUUGGGGGGGAAAAAAAGAAACGUGGCUUGUGUAGAAAAGAAGAAGGAAGAAAAAACCUGAGCUAUUAUUGGAUUUCGUUAAGGACAUUUUAAAUCAACUGGAAUUAAUCUUGCUGCCACGCGUAGUUUUUCCAUUUUUAAUCUAGGGGCAUAAAUGGCUAGUUUAAAUGUUUUAAUUCAAGUUUAUAUCGAAAAACUAUUUGAUUCAUGAUGUAUUUCUAUUUGGCUUUUGUUGUUAAUUGCUAAAUUGAGCGCAGAAUUGGAUGACAUUGCUAUCACUGUUGUAACCUUGUCGGUGGGGGGAUGGGUGAUGUAACGUGGGUUACUGUAGCCAGUGAUUCCUUUACUGAGUGGUUAGUCAAAAUGGCCUUUUAAAGAAAGUAUUUCAUUUUGCGUUGCUACUUGGCUAGUUUUGCGUUUUAAGGCAGUGUUUUAAUAUGUUAAAUUCAGAUUAAGUUACUUUGUAGCAUACUGUAUAUUUGUCAGUGUAGUUUAAUUUAAUUUUGUGUUGGGUUUAAAAACGUCUUCACUCAGUUAGUUUCCUAGGUUAUGUAAAAUCCGUAAUGUUUGGUUUCUUUGUGCAGUAUACUGGUGGUUGCUAUAGUCUCCGCGUAAUGCGGCCUGUUUGGGUGGUACACGCACUUUAAAUUCUGUAAUGUCGAUAUGCAAGUUAAUUGUAUCAAGCUCUAUAGAAAAUCGGUACUUCGUCGGGAAUAGUGUAUUUAAACUUGACUUGAUUCGUGUAGCGGACUACUCUAUUGAGAGAAAUCUGAAAAGUGCUGUGUCAUUCUAAUGGUGGUCAGGCUUUUGUUAGGCGGUGGUGUUCCGGGCCUUGGUUGGAAAAUUGUCUAUGCUUGGGUUGUUCGGUAUUUAUUAUUUUUUGGGUGGGGGUAACACCUUAAAUUUAAGUUAAAUUUAAAUUAUAUCCAAAGCCUAAUCCUAAUACGUUGGUUAACUUGGAUGGCCAGUUUGCUAACCAGUCUCAAUGCAGCUGCGGCCUUGCGCCAAAUAAGCUGUGGAGGGCGUUCGUGGAGGGCCUGUUUGCUUCAGAUGUUUAAUCACAGCGCUGCGAUCCCCGAUUGGUGUGCAGAGUGAAAUGCGUUUGUAUAUUCGUGGCGUAUAUUUGCCAGUAAUUUAUAUUUUAUAUUAGAAUGUAAUUCCAGCCAUAUAGCAAACUGAACAGUUGACUAGUUUUAAAUUCUUAAAAAUGUUAUGGCCGAUUUUGCAAGCUAGUUCGUUGUACUUGUCUCGACAGUGCAGACUCCAGAAUUCUCAUUUUUAAGUCUGAUAUGGCUAACUAUUUGGCAAAAUGCUCUCGGCUGGCGGGCGCUUGUGAAGUUGGACGUUAUCGAACGUUUGGGCAUUUUGCGUUUGCAAUUUGCUCCUGAAGCUAGUGGCGUUGUGGCGUAUGACAAAAUACGACUCCAUUUCCUGAUGCGUCCCUUCUCUAAAAUGGCGAGACGAGAGAAAUUGCAGAUCCACAGCGAAACUAUCGGAACCCUGGCAUGCAGAAGACUGCCGUCUAAGCGCGCGUGAGGUAUUCGACCAGCCAAUGACAGUCCUCCAACCCACACUCGCUGCCCGCGCCUGAGAGCUACUGGCCAAUCGGAGUAGUCGCUCUCACCACAUUGACGUAAUGCAGUUGGGGAAGAGAGUGGGCGGGCGUACACGUAGCUUUUUUAGACUGGCUUGUUGGAAGGCCAAUCGCGGCCUUGCAAAGUUGGGUUUAUGUUUCUUAAGCCAAUAAAAACGUGAAUUUUACUUGAUAGACAAUGGCGGUAUGCCAAUUGGUUGGAAAGAAAGGUUUGUGGGGUGGGCUUUAGUAAAGUGUCGAGAAACUUUUUUGAUGGAUGAUAUGGGUGGCCUAUUGAAAGUCCGGGGGCGUGGAAAUUUAGAUGGCAUUCUGUCCAAUGACUGUAAUGGUAGGUUUAUAAAAUGUCGGGCGGAGGCAGUGCGUCGCCAUUUCGCUGAAGCGGUGAAGUAGAGGAAGAGGGCGGAAUUGGAGGAAAGGGAAGCAGAGACAGAAACCGGAGAGAUCGCUCUUUAAAGAUAAUCCGGAUCCAUCCUGAUGGAAAUGGCCCUAAACCCGCCCAUUGACAGGCUGGUGUCGGGCGUCGGUACCUCCCUGGGCGGGGACGUUGGGGUGCAGACGGGGGCCAGCAUGGAGCAGGUCGUCUCGGGUCCCGGCAAGAGGAUCCGCAAGCCGUCGCUGCUGUACGAGGGGUUCGAGGGCCCCGCCCUGCCGCACGCCCCCCAGGCAGGGCCCCCGCAGCCGCCCGUGCGCGACCCCUCCCGCCAGGGCCGGGCGACCAAUCAGCUGCAGUUCCUCCAGAAGGCCCUGAUGAAGUCGCUAUGGCGACACCACUUCGCCUGGCCCUUCCAGGAGCCGGUGGACUCCGUCAAACUCGGCUUGCCCGACUAUCACAAAAUAAUCAAACAGCCGAUGGACAUGGGCACCAUCAAGAAAAGGCUGGAGAAUAACUACUACCUCAGCGCUGGAGAGUGCAUACAGGACUUCAACACCAUGUUCACCAACUGCUACAUCUACAACAAGCCCACAGACGAUAUUGUGCUCAUGGCCCAGUCUCUGGAGAAGGCUUUCCUGCAGAAAGUUGCCCAGAUGCCCCAGGAGGAGAUCGAGCUGCCCCCUCCGGCCCCGCGCGCCAAGCUGGGGAAAGCGGGCAAACUCGGCAAGGGCAGGAGGAUGAUGGGCGGUAUUACCACAGUUCACCAGGUCCCGGCUGUCUCCCAGUCCAUGUACACUCCCCUGACCCCCGACACCCCCAACUCGCAGUUCUCCGCCCCCCCACAGACCCUGCUGGCAAAAACGCUGCCCCCCACCUCCCACAGCACCCCCACUCUGCUGGGGCUUCCCCCCACACAGCCAACUGCCAAGAAAAAAGGCGUGAAGCGGAAAGCGGACACCACCACCCCCGGCACGGUGGGCCUGGUCGCCGGGGCGGGGGAGCUGGGCCUGGGCGGGGGCCGGUCCCCGCUGCCCUCCCUGGCCGUGGAGCUGAAGCCGGGCGGGCUGGCGCUGGGCUUCGGCGUGGGGCGGGGCGGGGGCGGCGGCGGGAAGGCCACGGCCACGGCCCGGCGGCGGGAGAGCGGCCGGCCCAUAAAGCCGCCGCGCAAGGACCUGCCGGACUCCCUGCAGCACCAGCCCUCGCGCCGGGGCAAGCUGAGCGCCCAGCUGCGCUACUGCAGCGCCGUCCUCAAGGACCUGCUGUCCAAGAAGCACGCCGCCUACGCCUGGCCCUUCUACAAGCCCGUGGACGCCUCCUCCCUCGGCCUGCACGACUACCACGACAUCAUCAAGACUCCCAUGGACCUCAGCACCGUCAAGAGGAAGAUGGACAGCCGGGAGUACAGCAACGCACAGCAGUUUGCAGCGGACAUCAGGCUCAUGUACUCCAACUGCUACAAGUACAACCCCCCCGACCACGACGUAGUGGGCAUGGCGCGCAAACUGCAGGACGUCUUUGAGUUCAGCUUCGCCAAGAUGCCGGAUGAGACCCCCGAGGAAGACGCGGCCGGCUCCCUGGGCGGCGGGAUGGACCCGUCCAUGAUGCGCUCUUCGUCGUCCUCCUCGUCCUCCUCGUCCUCGUCGGAGAGCGAGCCGAGCAGCGAGAGCGAGAGCGAGAGCAGCCCCAGCUCCGACAGCGAGGAGGAGCGCGCACACCGCCUCGCUGAGCUGCAGGAACAGGUGUGUACACAGCUGAGGGCGGUGCACGAGCAGCUGGCUGCCCUGUCCCAGGCCCCCGUGAUCAAGCCCAAGAGGAAGCGGGAGAAGAAGGAGAAGAGGAAGAGGAAGAAACCGGAGAAGCACCGGGGCGGGCGUGCUGCGGCCGCCGCCGCCGCCGCCGUCGUCAUGGCAGCCGCGCUGGACGAGGUCGUGGAGCGGCCCGCCAAGGUGCCCAAGAACGCCAAGACCCCCAAGGCCGGCCGCAAGGCCCCCACACACACCCAGGGCAAGAAGGGCCCCGGGAAAAAGAAUGCCAAGAGCAAGUCCUCGAAGAAGUCCCAGUCCUCGGCUGUGGCGAGCGCCCAGCUGGGCCUGCUCCCGGCCGCCGCCUCGCUGAUGCCGCACUACGACUCGGAGGAGGAGGAGGAGGGCCGGCCCAUGAGCUACGACGAGAAGCGGCAGCUCAGCCUGGACAUCAACAAGCUGCCCGGCGAGAAGCUGGGCCGCGUGGUGCACAUCAUCCAAUCACGCGAGCCCUCGCUGCGCGACUCCAACCCCGAGGAGAUCGAGAUCGACUUCGAGACGCUCAAGCCCUCCACGCUGCGCGAGCUGGAGCGAUACGUCAUGACCUGCCUGCGCAAGAAGCCCCGCAAGCCCUACGUGGUGAAGAAGGCGAGUGGUGGGAAGUCUCGUGAGGAGCUGGCGCUGGAGAAGAAGAGGGAGCUGGAGCGGAGGCUGCAGGACGUCAGCGGCCAGCUCAACUCCGCCAAGAAGCCCCAGAAAACAAAGGCAGAGAAGCCCAGCUUGGUCGAGCCUCACGCCAUAGCCUCUCGGCUCAGCGCCAGCAGCUCCAGUUCUGACUCCUCUUCCUCCUCUUCAUCCUCCUCUUCCUCUGACACCAGCGACUCAGACUCAGGGUGAUGUCAUCUGCAGAGAGGAGUUAGGGGU